UUCAGGCUGCGUGCACGCGCGUCCGCCUUCCCUCUUCGUUUUCCAUCCUGACAGUGUUCUCCAUCAGCCGGUGACAAUGAUCUGCUUGUUUCUGUCCAUAUUUGCUCAUAUCUUUCAGUCAGGCUGGACUGGGGUGAAUGAGCGCACCUUCGUUGCUGUGAAACCAGAUGGCGUGCAGCGGAGACUGGUUGGGGAAAUCGUGCGCCGUUUUGAGAAGAAAGGCUUCAAACUGGUGGGCCUCAAGUUUAUGCAGGCCUCAGAGGAGCUUCUUAGGGAACACUAUUGGGACCUGAGAAGCAGGCCCUUCUUCAGUGGACUCAUAACUUACAUGAACUCGGGACCAGUCGUUGCGAUGGUGUGGCAGGGUUUGGACGUGGUCAAGACUGCGCGGAAGAUGUUGGGAGAGACCAACCCUGCAGACUCGCUGCCUGGAACCAUCCGGGGAGAUUUUUGUGUGGAGGUGGGCAGAAACGUCAUCCACGGCAGCGACUCCGUGGAGAGCGCGCAGAAGGAAAUCAGUCUGUGGUUUCGUCAGAGCGAGCUUCACCGCUGGGAGAACAGCAACAGCCGCUGGCUCUACAACUGACUUUCUGCACAUGCUGCACGAACACCGUUUUGUCAUAAACCCAUGUUUUGUUUUGUUAUUUGUUUUUCAUGUCAUAAGAUGGAUCACAUCAUACCUCAGAUCGAAUGUUUUGGCUUUAGUAGUUUAUAGCUACACAGGGGGUUCGUCUCUGCCUUCCUGGAUUUAUUCUUUUUUGUACGUUUCAUUUGGUUUUUUUGUCUUCAGUGAGGUGAGACAACACCUGAGCAAGAUGCACUAAGUGAGCACUAACCUCAGCAGAAACUUGAUGGCUUCGGCUUCUGUUUUCUUUCCAGUGUAUUUUAUUGUUUUCAGUUCAGACUAUUAAAAGGUAAUACUCAAAGGUUUGAGACACUAAUAUAAACAGGUCAUGUAUGACACAAGAAGAGAAGAACUGCCUUGCACACAUUUAGUUUCCUAUACCUUCCAAGUCCAACGAUUGUCAUUUUAAAGUACUUGAAUGUAAAGUUUUUAGCUCCCCAAAUGCAUAAAGCACUGUAAUGAUCCUGUUAAAGUGGUGCUGCACUAAACGAUGUUUACCUGAUUGUCACAUUCAUGCUUUUAUCAGUUAUUAAAAAGCUGUGUUAAGAUUAUACAA